UUCUUUUUUUUUUCCCACCGAAGCCGAGCGGGCGCUGCUAGCGGAGGCGCCAUAUUGGAAGGGACAAAACUCCGGCGACAGCGAGUGACACAAAUAAACCCCUGGAUCCCCUCGUCCCCCAAGCGCUAAAGGCCGCGAUGUUGUACCUAGAGGACUAUCUAGAAAUGAUUGAGCAGCUUCCCAUGGACCUGCGGGACCGCUUCACGGAGAUGCGCGAGAUGGACCUGCAGGUGCAGAAUGCAAUGGAUCAACUAGAGCAAAGAGUCAGUGAAUUCUUUAUGAACGCAAAGAAAAAUAAGCCAGAGUGGAGAGAAGAACAAAUGGCAUCCAUCAAAAAAGAUUACUAUAAAGCUUUGGAAGAUGCAGAUGAGAAGGUACAGUUGGCGAACCAGAUAUAUGAUUUGGUAGAUCGACACUUGAGAAAGCUGGAUCAGGAACUCGCUAAGUUUAAAAUGGAGCUGGAAGCUGAUAAUGCUGGAAUUACAGAAAUAUUAGAGAGGCGAUCUUUGGAAUUAGAUACUCCUUCCCAGCCAGUGAACAAUCACCAUGCUCAUUCACAUACUCCAGUGGAAAAAAGGAAGUAUAAUCCAACUUCUCACCAUACGACAACAGAUCAUAUUCCUGAAAAGAAGUUUAAAUCUGAAGCUCUUCUAUCUACCCUAACGUCCGAUGCCUCUAAGGAAAAUACACUAGGUUGUCGAAAUAAUAAUUCUACGGCCUCAUCCAACAAUGCUUACAAUGUGAAUUCCUCCCAACCUCUGGCCUCCUAUAAUAUUGGCUCAUUAUCUUCAGGAACUGGUGCAGGGGCAAUUACCAUGGCAGCUGCUCAGGCAGUUCAAGCUACAGCUCAGAUGAAAGAGGGCCGAAGGACAUCAAGUUUAAAAGCCAGUUAUGAAGCGUUUAAAAAUAAUGACUUUCAGCUGGGAAAAGAGUUUUCAAUGCCCAGGGAAACAGCUGGCUUUUCAUCGUCUUCAGCGCUCAUGACUACAUUGACACAGAAUGCCAGUUCAUCAGCAGCAGACUCACGGAGUGGGAGAAAGAGCAAAAACAACAACAAGUCUUCAAGCCAGCAGUCAUCCUCGUCCUCCUCCUCCUCUUCCUUGUCAUCGUGUUCUUCAUCAUCAACUGUUGUACAAGAAAUCUCUCAACAAACAACAGUAGUACCAGAAUCCGAUUCAAAUAGUCAGGUCGAUUGGACUUAUGACCCAAAUGAACCACGAUAUUGCAUCUGUAAUCAGGUAUCCUAUGGUGAGAUGGUGGGCUGUGAUAACCAAGAUUGCCCUAUAGAAUGGUUCCAUUAUGGAUGCGUUGGGUUGACAGAAGCACCAAAAGGAAAAUGGUACUGUCCACAGUGUACUGCUGCCAUGAAGAGAAGAGGCAGUCGGCACAAAUAAAGAUGGUCAUUUCAUUUGAGAAAGAGUAAGACUUCAACUAAACAUUUUAUAUAGGACUUUAAAAGAGAAGAAAAGAGAAAGAAGAUACAGUGCAUUUCCAGGCAACCACUUAAAGGAUUUACAUAGGCAAUCCUGUAAGAUCUUGAACUUGAAUUUUAUGGGUUGUAUUUUAAUAAUGUAAGUAAAUUAUUUAUGCACUCCUGGUGUGCUAUGAAUAUUAUUCCAGUUAGCCUUGGAUUCUUUCAGUGGCCAACAUAUGCAGACAUUUGUAUUCCUCAGCCGUUUUCACAAAGUAAUGGGCAUUCUAUAAUUUAGACUUUAAGAAUUCCAACGAUGAAGGUUUUAAGAAAAGUAUUUUAUAUUCAACAGGUAUGUUCUGCUGCAUGUACUGCACUCCAGAGCUGUUAUGUAACACUGUAUAUAAAUGGUUAAAAAAAAGGUAGUGCUUCUAAAAAGAAUUUAAGAUAAUGGUUUUUUAAAUGCCUUUAUAAUAAGCUUUGUUUCUUUGUGAAACUACAUUCAGCAGGCUGAAGGAAGUGGUUCAUGUGAUAAAGUGAGCUGGUGUCCUCUAGAGUACCUGGGUACAUAAACAGAAACUCCUGUAGGUAAAAGCUACUCUGUGCCAUUAGUCUUUCUAUGUCUCUACAUCCAGACCGAGUGCAGUUCAUGAGGGUGGGGGGAGGGGCUGAAGGGGAAAGGGUAUUAAAGUGAUACAUUUUUAUACCAAAUGUGUUUAUUUUUUUGUGCAAGUAAUCCUUAAAAUUGGAAUUGUAUUAGGUGUUAAAAUAAAGUUUUUAAAAAAUUACUUGUAUUUAUACUUUACACACUUAAUGAAAAUUUCUCAAUUCUAAUUAAAUUCCAAUUUUCAUAAUCUAAGGACUGAGGCCCAGGACACAGAAAGCUGUUUAAUCUGUGAUUUCUUUAAUAAUGCUUAGAAUUUGUGAUGUGAAAAUAAGGGAAAGACAUUUUUAAUGUAAAUUUGAAAUGCAGAUGUAUUUUUUUAGAUCAUCUUUCUGACUUUUCCUUCAGUUGGAAGGACAUGAAAGAAGUCUAAUUACAGCAGGUAAAAUGAAAAUAAUGGUUAUAGAUAUUUGACUUAAGGCAGUGUGGCCAAUUUAAGUAAAGCGACCCCUGGAUUGGAGCUUAAAAUUCAGUUCAGUUUUUUAUUUUACCAUAUACUAGUAUGACGGUUAAUUCAAUUUUUUAAUCACUCUGGGCCUUACUAAACCAGGGUGAUGCUAGCUGUAGGAAGUCUCUAAAGCACUUCUAUGGUUUUAUUCUAUAGGUGCUAUUUAAAUUAUAAAUUUUGCAUACUAUUGAGUCUGGUCAGUAGAAAAAUCCUUAAAGCUUUUAAAAUAUUUAUUAUGUCAUAUUUUUUAUAUCAAAACGUACUGGGUACAUCAGAUUUUUACUUUAAUGAAAACUACUUAUGAGCCUCUUAGGACUUAUUCAGAAAACUGUGACGUCUAUGCAAUGCUACCCAAAGGGUUUGGGUUAGAUAGGGGAUUUCAGAGUUCUCUUCCAGCUUCCCAAUGCCACAGCUCUGAGCUGUUGCAGUCUGUUUUAUAACUGGACAGCCCAUAAAGCUAAGUUAGGUUCAUUUGUGGGUUACCAUGAUUUCAUAGUAUCACUAGUAUCACAAUUUGGUGGUACCCAAUAUUUCAUGGAAAUUUUAUAAAUCUUUAAGAAAUAAUAUAUAACGUAGUAUUCAAUUAGCUUAUCAGCAUGUUGCCUGGAGAUGCUUAGUGUUAUUGUUUAAUGUUCUAAUUAAAUGUAAUGAUUUUCCCAAACUUAUUUGUAUUAUAGGAAUUGGUCAAAGGAAAAAGCCUUAUAUUCAGCCUUAUUUUCAGAGAAAGUUCCUUGUCAGAGUCAGGAACAUCCCUACUUCCAGCUGCUACAGCCCUUUUCAGUAUGUGAAUUCCACUGCUUCCCAAAUCACUCCGAAAACAUUUUGACAAAUCUUCAACUCAAACAUUGACUAUUUUGUGAAGUGUGUAUAAAGACGUAAACCAAAA